AUGCUCACGUCGUGGGCUCGGUUUGAACAGAAGAAAUCUGUAUCUGUUCCAGCUUUUAAACCACCUUUUCCAUUCCCUUCUAGAGCUAAUCUCAGUCCACCGGAAAGAGAACAUCUGGAGUUUAUCAAGCAAUUAAAGGGUAUUCCUAUCAAUACUCCUUUUAUUGAUUCACUUGCAAAAGUUCCAGAAUAUGCUAAGUUCCUACAAGACUUGUUAGACACUCAUAAGCAAUUAAAGAAUUAUUAUAAGAAGUUGAAGGCUACAAAGAUGACUAUUCACAUGGCGAACCGUUUAGUGACACAGCCCCAGGGCAUUGUGGAAUAUAUUUUAGUGAAAAUUGGGAAAUUUGUUUUUCCAAUAGACUUUGUGGUUUUGGAUAUGAAAGAAGAUCCCAAUGUUCCAAUUAUUCUUGGUCGCCCGUUACGUAUCAUUGUUGGAGCUCUGGUUGAUCUAGGCGAGUCCAAGCUCUACUUGAGAGUUGGGAAUGAGAAGGAAAUUUUUGGAAUAAAAGAUGGUUUCCAAGGGAAUCAUGCUCAAGAAGAGGUUUUCAACAUUGAUGAAGAAAAUGAACUUGAAGAAUUAGAAAAGCUCAUCGAAGAAGAAAUCAAAACAAUUCAACAAGUUAAAAGAACAAAACCAAGAGCAUCUGUUCCAUUUUUAGUUGAAGUCAUUGCCUAG